AUGGUGAUUCUGCGCUGCUUCGGAUGCCCCAACAACAACAGUAACAACUGCGGCUGUUACUUCGACAUCAACAUCCAAUGUGUCAACAACACAAUCCACACCAAUCAUCAAUCCAACUGCUACGGCAACUGCUACGGCAACUGCUACGGCAACUGCUACGGCAACUGCCACUUCCAUUGCCUUAACUACCCAGCAUGUGACGUCAAAUGCUAUAGCAACUGCUACUCCAACUGCUACGGCAACUGCCACUUCCAUUGCCUUAACUACCCAGCAUGUGACGUCAAAUGCUAUAGCAACUGCUACGGCAACUGCUACGGCAACUGCCACUUCCAUUGCCUUAACUACCCAGCAUGUGACGUCAAAUGCUAUAGCAACUGCUACUCCAACUGCUACGGCAACUGCCACUUCCAUUGCCUUAACUACCCAGCAUGUGACGUCAAAUGCUAUAGCAACUGCUACUCCAACUGCUUCGGCAACUGCCACUUCCAUUGCCUUAACUACCCAGCAUGUUACGGCAAUUGCUACAGCAACUGCUACUCCAACUGCUACGGCAACUGCUGCUCCAACUGCUACGGCAACUGCUGCUCCAACUGCUACGGCAACUGCUGCUCCAACUGCUACGGCAACUGCCACUUCCAUUGCCUUAACUACCCAGCAUGUUACGGCAAUUGCUACAGCAACUGCUACUCCAACUGCUACGGCAACUGCUGCUCCAACUGCUACGGCAACUGCUGCUCCAACUGCUACGGCAACUGCUGCUCCAACUGCUACGGCAACUGCUGCUCCAACUGCUGCUACUACAACCCCCACAUCCACCACAACCACCACAGUCAUAUCAACUGA